GGGACCUAUGCUGCACAUGGCUAACUGCUUUUGUGGUGUAUGCUCACAGAUGACAUAACCAUGGUGAUCUGCCCAGGGAUCGGUAACCACAGUGAGAAGCAUUAUAUCCGUACCUUUGUGGAUUACUCCCAGAAGCAGGGCUACAGAUGUGCUGUGCUUAACCACCUGGGGGCCUUGCCAAACAUUGAACUCACAUCCCCACGGAUGUUCACCUAUGGCUGUACCUGGGAGUUUUCAGCCAUGGUGAGCUACAUCAAACGUACAUUCCCUCAGACCUGGCUCAUUGUGGUGGGCUUCAGUCUAGGUGGGAACAUUGUGUGUAAGUUUCUGGGAGAGAACCAAGCCAAUCAGGACAAGGUGCUAUGCUGUGUCAGUGUUUGUCAGGGCUAUUGUGCUCAGAGGGCCCAUGAAACAUUUAUACAGUGGGACCAAUGCAGGAGAAUUUAUGACUUCUUCAUGGCUGACAAUAUGAAAAAAAUCAUCCUGUCCCACAAGUAAUCACUGAUAAAUAAGGAAUAAAAUGCAAGAUGGCAUGUUAUAGAAAAAUAAUCAACAGAUGAUGCAGCCUGAUACAAAGUAGAGUUACUGUUA